UGGCGGCGGGCGGCGAUGGGCACGGCGGCCGUGCACCUCCUGCUGCUGCUGGGGCUGCUGCACGCCGGGCCCGGCGGCGAGGGCAGGAAAGGCUGGCGGCGGCGGGGCCCGGCGGCCCGCGAUCGCGGAGAGGCGGCGGCGGCCGAGAGCUUCCCGCUGGACUUCACCGCCGUAGAGGGCAACAUGGACAGCUUCAUGGCGCAGGUCAAGAGCCUGGCGCAGUCGCUGUACCCCUGCUCGGCCCAGGCGCUGCCGCAUGACCUGCGCCUGCACCUCCUGCACAACGCCUCGGUCACCUGCAACGACGGCAGCCCGGCCGGCUACUACCUCAAGGAGUCCAAGGGCAGCCGGCGGUGGCUGCUGUUCCUGGAAGGAGGGUGGUACUGCUUCAACAGGGAGAACUGCGACAACCGGUACGACACCAUGCGGAGGCUCAUGAGCUCCCGAGAGUGGCCCGCGACACGUGUGGGAACUGGGAUCCUGUCAUCACAGCCAGAAGAAAAUCCCCACUGGUGGAACGCAAACAUGGUAUUCAUCCCUUAUUGCUCAAGUGAUGUUUGGAGUGGUGCCUCUUCCAAGUCUGAGAAAAAUGAAUAUGCCUUUAUGGGAGCACUGAUCAUUCAGGAGGUCAUAAAGGAGCUGGUAGGAAAAGGUCUUGGCACUGCAAAAGUGUUGCUGCUAGCAGGGAGCAGUGCUGGAGGGACUGGAGUGCUCCUAAAUGUGGAUCGAGUGGCAGAGCAGCUGGAGGAGAUGGGUUACCAAGGGAUUCAGGUUCGAGGCUUGGCUGACUCCGGAUGGUUCUUGGAUAAUAAACAGUAUCGCAGGACUGACUGUAUUGAUACCAUAACCUGUGCUCCAACAGAAGCCAUCAGAAGAGGAAUAAGGUACUGGAAUGGUAUUGUUCCUGAACGCUGUAAGCUGCAGUUUAAAGAGGGAGAGGAAUGGAAUUGCUUUUUUGGAUAUAAGAUUUAUCCCACUCUCCGAUGUCCAGUCUUUGUUGUCCAGUGGCUCUUUGAUGAGGCCCAGCUUACUGUAGACAAUGUACACCUCACUGGCCAACCUGUUCAGGAAGGGCAGUGGCUCUACAUCCAGAAUCUGGGUAGGGAGCUGAGAAACACCUUGAAGGAUGUGACUGCUAGCUUUGCUCCUGCCUGCUUGUCUCAUGAGAUCAUUACACGCAAUCACUGGACAGACAUCCAGGUGAAGGGGACGUCACUACCCCGUGCCCUGCACUGCUGGGAUCGGAGCCUACAUGAGAGCAACAAAAAUGGGAAGGCCCCUCUGAAAGGCUGCCCAAUUCAUCUGAUUGACAGCUGUCCGUGGCCUCACUGCAACCCCUCGUGCCCCACUAUCAGGGACCAGUUCACAGGGCAGGAGAUGAAUGUCAUCCAGUUCCUCAUGCACAUGGGUUUUGAUGUUCAGAAGAUGGCACAGCAACAGGGCCUGGAGCCCAGUAAACUUCUGGGGAUGCUCAGCAGUGGUAACUAG